CCUUCCUUCCUCCUCCUGAGUGAGCCUCGGUGCCUCCGGAUCCGCGAGAAGCGAAAGAUGCCGCACUCGGCGGAGGCGGAGGAGACGGAGGAAGGCAUCCGCCGCUUCUCCCCAGGAGUUUGACCGCAGGUGCUGAAGCUGGGCUCGCCGGAGCAUAAAGAUGCUGAAGGGUGUUUGGCUGCUCAGUGUGUUCACAGUGGCUGGGAUCUCACCGACGGAGAGCCGCAAACCUGCCAAAGACAUUUGCAGCAAGAGCCGCUGCCCUUGCGAGGAGAAAGAGAAUGUGCUGAAUAUUAAUUGCGAAAACAAGGGAUUUACAACCGUCAGCCUGCUCUUGCCUCCGCCGUCCAAGAUCUACCAGCUCUUCCUCAACGGCAAUGCCUUCGUCCGGCUCUACCCCAAUGAGUUUGUCAACUACUCCAACGCUGUGACCCUCCACCUGGGCAACAACGACAUGCAGGAGAUUCGAACUGGGGCCUUCGUUGGCCUUCGGACUCUGAAGAGGUUGCACCUCAACAACAACAAGUUGGAAAUCCUUCGGGAGGACACUUUCCUGGGUUUGGAAAGCCUAGAGUACCUUCAGGCUGAUUACAACUACAUCAGCACAAUUGAGGCAGGAGCUUUCAGCAAGCUCAACAAGCUGAAAGUGUUAAUCCUCAAUGAUAACCUCCUGCUUUCUCUGCCAAGCAAUGUGUUCCGCUUUGUCCUGCUCACUCACUUGGAUCUCAGAGGGAACAGGCUCAAAAUGAUGCCUUUUGCUGGUGUCCUGGAACACAUUGGGGGCAUCAUGGAGAUCCAGCUGGAGGAGAAUCCUUGGAACUGUACCUGUGACCUUCUGCCCCUCAAAGCCUGGCUAGAUACCAUCACCGUCUUCGUUGGGGAGAUUGUUUGCGAGACCCCUUUCAGACUGCAUGGCAAAGAUGUCACCCAACUCACCAGGCAGGACCUUUGCCCUCGAAAAAGUUCUGGGGACUCCAACCAGAGGGAGAAGCACCCUUCCCAUUCAGAUACGCACAGUCAGAAAUAUCCCCCAACAGCCAACUCUGCCGUUGGUGCAACCAGGGCUCCCAAAGCCAGUCGCCCACCCAAAACAAGGAACCGCCCCACCCCACGGGUCACAGUGUCUAAAGACAGGCAGAUAUUUGGACCAAUCAUGGUUUACCAAACCAAGUCCCCUGUGCCACUCACUUGUCCAACUGGUUGUGUCUGCACUUCUCAAGGUUCUGACAAUGGGUUGAAUGUCAACUGCCAAGAGAAAAAGAUUGGCAACAUUUCCGAUCUCCACCCAAGACCCACCAGUCCAAGAAAACUCUAUCUAACAAGCAACUAUUUGCAGACUAUCUACAAAACCGAUCUCUUGGAAUACAGCUCGUUGGAUUUGUUGCACUUGGGGAAUAACAGGAUUGCAGUGAUCCAAGAAGGUGCCUUCUCUAACCUCACCUCUUUACGCAGACUCUAUCUCAAUGGCAAUUACCUUGAGGUCCUGUAUCCUUCCAUGUUUGAAGGGCUACACAGCUUGCAAUAUCUGUAUUUAGAGUAUAAUGUCAUUAAAGAGAUCUUGCCACGUACCUUUGAUGCGCUGGGAAACCUUCAUCUCUUGUUUCUGAACAACAACUUGCUGAGGUCCCUCCCAGACAACGUGUUUGGGGGCACAACCCUCACCAGGCUUAACUUGAGGAACAACCAUUUCUCCUUCUUGCCCGUGCGAGGGGUCCUUGAUCAGCUUUCGGCCUUGAUCCAGAUUGAUCUUCAAGAAAACCCAUGGGAUUGUACUUGCGACAUUAUGGGGCUGAGGAACUGGAUCGAACGUGUCACCGAGCAAAACAACAAGCAGUCGGGGACUCCGGUCGUCAUUAACGAAGUAAUCUGCGAUUCUCCAUCCAAGCACGCUGGAGAACAUCUCAAGACCCUGAGCAAGGAAGCCAUCUGCCCUGAAAAUCCCAAUAUGUUAGAUUCCUCCUUCUCCUUUCCGGACCUGAACACAGAUGUGCCCCAAGCCUUCAGCAUCUUCCCCAGUUCCUAUCCGGAAAUGCGGACGGAAGUCCCCCUCUCUGUGUUAAUCCUGGGCCUGCUGGUUGUGUUUAUUUUGUCGGUCUGUUUUGGAGCGGGCCUGUUUGUCUUUGUGCUCAAACGCCGCAAGGGCAUGCCGAGCGUGCCUAGCAGUGCCAACAACCUCGACGUAAGUUCCUUCCAGUUGCAGUACGGGUGCUACAACAGCGAGGCGCACGAUAAAGCCGAAGGGCAUGUAUAUAAUUAUAUCCCACCUCCCGUGGGCCAGAUGUGCCAGAACCCCAUCUAUAUGCAGAAGGAAGCGGACCCCGUAGCUUACUACAGGAACCUCCACGAAUAUAGCUAUAGUAACCUUGAGCCUAAGAAAGAGGACUCGGCCAGCCUAGCGUUUACAAUCACGGCAGCCGAGAUGCUAGAGAAGCAGGCCUUUGCAAGGGAGCCGGAGCUGCUGUAUCAGAACAUUGUGGAAAGGGUCAAGGAGCUGCCUAGCGGAAGCCUGGUCCAUUAUAACUUUUGCACCCUCCCCAAAAGGCAGUUUGCCCCUUCCUACGAGUCGAGGCGACAAAACCAGGACAGGAUAAAUAAGACGGUUUUGUACGGGACUCCGCGGAAGUAUUUUGCAGAACAGUCCAAACCGGACCUUCCGUUACUCCCGGGAAAGCUACAGACUGAACCAGACUACCUCGAAGUUCUGGAGAAACAAACUGCCAUUAGCCAGCUGUGAAUCGGGUGGGUUUCGGGAGGGUUCCCAGCAGGAUUCGUUUCCUGGGGGGAGAAAAAAAUCCUCUUUUUUUUUACAAAAGCAAAACUAACCCGGUUCCGAACUUGAUCCGUCAAAUCUAACCCGGUUCCGAACUUGAUCCGCCAACUCCUUGAGGGUUUUUUGCAUCAUUGGAAGCCUACAACAAUCCUUGUAUUAUGCCAGGACAAUGAAGGGUGCUUUCUUUCUUUCUUAGGGUCCCGUUAAGUUAUUUCUUUUUUCUCGCAUUCCAGAUUCCAGUCCCGUUACAUAUUGAGACUGACUGUUGGUAAGGAGAGAUGUUUUGUCUCGGGAGGAAAAGGGCAGUGAAAGGAUGCUAGGAUAUUGAUCUCACCCCCACACAACAUACAUGCACAUAGGAAUGUUUUCGUUUUCUUUAAAGCAGUGUUUCUCAACCUUCCUAAUUCUGCAACCCCUUAAUACCCCUCCUCGUGUUAUGCGCAGGGGUCCUCAAACUAUUUAAAAGGAGGGCCAGGUCAUAGUCCCUCAAACUAUAAUUUGAAAAAAACAAAACAUAAAUGGAUUCCUGUGCACACUGCACAUAUCAUAUUUGUAGUGCAAAAGACACUUAAAAACAAUACAAUAAUUAAAAUGAAAAACAAUUUUAACAAAUACUAGCCAU